UCGUCCCCCGCCUCGGGCCGGCGCCCCCGCCAUGUCGGGCGGGCUCUUGAGCGCGCUGGACAGCGACUCCUACGUGCAGCUGGGCCAGUACCGCGACCAGCACUUCCGGGGUGAUAAGAAGGACCAAGAGAAGUUAUUGAAGAAAAGCUGUACCCUGUACGUUGGGAACCUGUCUUUUUACACCACCGAAGAGCAGAUCUAUGAGCUCUUUGGCAAAAGUGGUGACAUCAAGAAAAUCAUCAUGGGCCUCGAUAAAGUGAAGAAAACAGCAUGUGGGUUCUGCUUUGUGGAAUACUACUCCAGAGCAGAUGCUGAAAACGCCAUGCGUUACAUUAAUGGGACCCGUUUGGAUGAUCGCAUUAUCCGAACAGACUGGGACGCGGGCUUCAAAGAGGGCCGACAGUAUGGACGAGGACGAUCUGGGGGGCAGGUACGAGAUGAGUACCGAAAAGACUAUGAUGCUGGCAGAGGAGGCUAUGGGAAAAUGUGCAAAAUCAACGAGUGAUGGAAGCCCCUCACGUACAAACAGACGACGUUGGCUGGUUGACGGAUCCCUGGAAAAGCAACGCUCACGUCCUGGAACAGCUGAUGUAGAACAGGCUCUCUUUGGUUUCUCUGCGUCCACACAGGAAUUCAGCCCCAGACCUCGACCUGGCUUUUCCACUCUGAAAAUCAUUAAAUGUCUGAAACUAAGCAAGGGACUCUGUUGGAGCCUUGAGGUCUGGUCAGCUUGUCCUAAGGAACAGUUAGUAACUGCGUGGCCGUGUUCGUAGAUUUUAAGCCAUUGUAGCACGAGAUUAGAAAAGUCUCAUUAUAUGACUUACUGUUCACAACCUGGGAGUGGUCAUUUAGGGAAAAGAGCCUCAUGAAAUUUGUAUGAAAUGAGUGUGAUGAUCUGUGCUCUAGUGGCAAUAGCCUAUAAAUGAGGAGAUUUAUUUCUAAGCUUUUUGAAGAUAUCCCUUGUUCCCAAGGUGACUUUUAGCUCAUAAAGAUACACAGGUUAUUAGGGCAUUCCUAAAACAGUUCUGCCUCAGCAUUAACGAUCCGACAGACCCAGAGAGAGGGCUCUGCUCUAGUGCUCUGAAUGGAUGAUGGAGAAAGAAAUGUGUAUUUACAGUCUUAAGCACCAUCCUUGAGCUUUCCCUGGGAAGCUGGUCCAAAGGAUGUGGAAGGAAACAGGAUCUUCUGUGGGAAAUGCCUCCUGCAGACUGUAGGGAAGAGAUAGCAGAUGAAUUCCAGAGGUUCAUUUUAACUUGGAAAUUGGGCCAAGUGAUGCUAGACCUGUUGUGUUUAUUUUACCAGAGUGGGAAGGGAACUGGCAGGAUGGAGAAGAGCCUGAAAAUCAAGGGAACAAAACCUUUCUAAUGGGAAAGACUGGAUAAGCUUCACUUAGAACGGAUUUCCUGGUCUGUGAUUUGAGGCCACACCCAAAUGAUAGGGUCGUUCAAUCAGCUUUUGCACUGCUGAUAAAAGAAUUGAAUUCUUGUUGAACUGUGUACCUGAGAUGACUCAGCUGGGAUACAGUAGGAGGGUAUUCACUCCAGCUAGGCAGAGAGAUGUACCUUUACUGCUAAGUCUGUUGGCGCAUCUGCAUCUAUUGGGGAGGACAGAUUGGAGCCUAACUGCAGAAACCCAUUGUAAUUCCUUUAAAGGAUUUUUAUCAAAGAAGAAAAAUCAAGAAGGCCUAAAGUCAACCAGUAGCUUGCCAUCUUUUCAGUGGUCUGUGGCUUAGGACUCUGGGGAGGAAAGCUCUUCUGGGCAAACUUCCUUUUGCAUGUUCAACUAUGGCCAAGCGAUCAGGUGCAGCGUUUACACAGAUUGGCUUGUUUCAGGUGAUCCUGACGUGUACGUUAUCAUCGGGGUUGGCCAUAUCUGUGUCUUAACUGUGAACAGGGCUUUGGGUUUGCUGGCUAGAGAAGAGGGUGCUUUUCUCACACCCACAGAAAGCUUGGCCUUUUGUUUUCCUGUGGUUUUCUUACCGGAUGGUUUUAGUUGUAUAUUUUAUUUCAUUCUGUGAUAAAUAGGAAAGUUGAAUCUCAUUUAGCUCUUAAUAAGAAUUUUAGAGGGGAAUGUGCUUUCUCUCACGAGUUACCUGGCCAGGUCCCCUUCCAAUAAAGGUGUAACCAUCCCUCCGUC